AUGUCAAGUUUAUACCUCAAAACCCCGCUACAUGCAUUGUCUGCUGGUCCAGACUCUCAUGCAAACGGCUCUUAUUAUGAUAAUUUAUUAUUGCCAUCAUUCUCCAGCCUAUCUUACAAUAAUAAUAAUAAUAAGAAGAAGAAUAAUAAUAUCACAACCGGUAACAGUACAAAUUCAGCAUGUCCCAGGAAAUACUCGUUUCACUCGCUCAACGUGUCCCCGAUUCUACCCGCGUUGUCUCUCGCCAACGAAAUACUCGGUAAGAAGUCAAAUACAGCUCCGGCAUCGCCACACCAUAUGGCAUAUAAUCCAAUUUCUUCACUGACACCCGGUAACUCACCCGAGUUCAACAAGGCCAGUUUAUCUCAAAGUAGUUUCACGAAUCCAGCUAACUAUGGAUCUGGCUUUGGGCUUUCCUCCCAUUCACAGGCUCAGCUGCCGUUGUUAGACAGACUCUCGUCCGUCCCGUUUUCUAAGAGACCGGAAAACUCACAGCAAAUUUUACCGUCAUUAAGGCAUCUACAACUGUUGCCCAGUCCUCUCUUACAAGAAAAUGCAGGUCGUUUCCCUGAUACAUCAAAACGGACAGCUAAUUGGAAGACCGACCUUACUCAUUGGUGUAAGGAUACGAACUAUCGAGACUAUGUUAAAAUACGCGAAGAAGUGGCCCAUUUCAAGCCAUUACGUAUACCAAACUUAACCCAUCAAAAUAGUAGUAUUAGUUCCAAAAGGGAUAAAGAUCUUCACGGCAGAGAAUCAUCCAAGUUUCACUCGCCGUCUAAUGAUACUUUUGCCCGUAUCAGACUGAUUCCCUCGAUUUUAGAGGCAAAAGAUCAAUUUAAGGAUCUUUCUAACAAUGCAUGGAGCAUUACUCCUCCUGUCACUCCACCAAUGAGCCCACCAACUAAUAGAGCUAUGGAACGCACAUCUCUCAGGGAUGCAGACGCUCCGUUUUUCGAAGAAAAAUCUAACAAUAAUGACCCAAUUUUCAAUCCAAUUAUAAGUGAAAAGUUAGUUCAAGAGGUGAAACAACAAAGACAAUUGAGAGGAAGUUCAUUUCCAACACCAAAUGCCAGUCAUAAAAAAACCAACAGUUUCAAAGCGAUACAGAUGAAAAAGUUGCUUGCGAAUAGAGACAUUCUAUCGAAUAACUCCAAAUCUAGUAUAAGGAAACCAUCAAAGAACAAAAUCUCAAAGCAAGCAUCAACUGUUUUCGGUAACACUGCGAGGCAGUUGGUCAUGAAACUGGACAAUUCUAGCUACAGCUCUGUAUCUGCAUCUUCAUCACCACCUCCUUCCACACCAACGAAAAGUGGCAAGGCAAGAUCAAGAUCAUCUUCACCUGUGCGUCCAAAAGCAUACAUUCCAAUUCCUAGAUCACCCAAUUAUCAUAGGUUUGCCUUAGACUCUCCCCCACAAAGCCCUCGAAGAUCGUCAAAUUCAAGCAUCACGAAAAAGGGGAGUAGAAGAUCUAGCGGCUCAUCACCUACCCGUCAUCAUGCAAGAGUGUGCGUAUCCUGCCAUUCUAGUGAUUCGCCUUGUUGGAGACCCUCGUGGUCGCCAAGAAAGCAAGACCAACUCUGUAACUCGUGCGGUCUGCGCUAUAAGAAAACGCAUACAAGAUGUUUAAACGAAAUAUGUCGUAAGAUUCCCACAAAGGGUGAAAUAAACAUUAUGAAAUCCAAUGGCAUAGAUAGAGAAUACGUUCCCGAACGCAAUUGUGAAAUUGAAGGGUACCGCUGCUUAUUCUGUAAUUACAUAACUGAGACGGUGGAGAAUUAA